AUGGUUAGAAUGAUGGGCUGGGAAGCUCCAAAACUAGGGUUGAGGAAAGGUCCUUGGACUCCUCAAGAAGAUAAGCUGCUUACUGAAUAUGUUAACUUUCAUGGAAAAGGACGAUGGAGUUCAGUAGCUAGGUCUGCUGGUUUGAAUAGAAGUGGGAAGAGUUGCAGGCUUAGGUGGGUGAAUUAUCUAAGGCCUGGUCUUAAAAGAGGUCAUAUAACACCACAGGAGGAAGGGAUCAUUAUUGAAUUGCCUGCACUUUGGGGUAACAAAUGGUCUACAAUUGCAAGAUACCUUCCAGGGAGAACAGAUAAUGAGAUAAAGAACUAUUGGAGAACACAUUUUAAGAAGAAAGAGAAGUCUUCUCUGAAGCAACAAAAAAGAAAAGCUCAGAUUCUAAAGCUAAAACAACAGCAACAGGAAAAACCAGAAGAAGCUGGAGAUCAUGGAAAAGUACAUAGUGAAGCAGUAGAGAUCACUGAUCAAUCGCGAGGGAAGCAUGAGAUGGUUUCCUUGUACCCUAUUUCAGAGGAUCAGUGCUUGUUUCAAGAGCCAGCUUCGAAGAAUUCUUAUACUGCAAAUGCUGCUUCUUGGAUAGAUCAAUUUCUGGUAGAGGAAGGGUUAUUAUGGGGGGGAUUGUGGAACCUAGAUGAUGAUCAUCAUCAUCAACCUGGUAAUUGCUGCAACAAGACUGCCAUGCAAAACCAAGCAAAUACAGCUUAUUAUAAUUGUUUUGGAGGGGAUGGAGGGUACAUUUUCUAA